CGAACCGAACAACGAGCAAACUGGCCUCCGUACGAGCUUCAAUCUUGCGGACCCGUCAAUUGUCGAACCACUUCCGUUCAGUCACUGCCAUGUCUUCCGAGUACUCCAUCCGCACCGUUGGUGCUCCCCACACCCUUGAGCACCGUGUCUUCAUCGAGCAGAACGGCAAGCCCGUCUCUCCCUUCCACGACAUUCCCUUGUACGCGAAUGCCGAGAAGACCUUGGUUAACAUGAUUGUCGAGGUUCCCCGCUGGACCAACGCCAAGAUGGAGAUCUCCAAGGAGGACUACCUCAACCCCAUCAAGCAGGACACCAAGAAGGGCAAGCUCCGUUACGUCCGUAACUGCUUCCCCCACCACGGUUACAUCUUCAACUACGGUGCCUUCCCCCAGACCUGGGAGGACCCCAACGCCAUCCACCCUGAGACCAAGGCCCGUGGUGACAACGACCCCAUCGACGCUUGCGAGAUUGGUGAGGCCGUCGGCUACACCGGUCAGAUUAAGCAGGUCAAGGUCCUCGGUACCAUGGCUCUCCUCGACGAGGGUGAGACCGACUGGAAGAUCAUCUGCAUUGACGUCAACGACCCCCUUGCCUCCAAGUUGAACGACAUCGAGGACGUCGAGCGUCACUUGCCCGGUCUCAUCCGCGCCAUUUCUGAGUGGUUCCGCAUCUACAAGAUCCCCGACGGUAAGCCCGAGAACGCUUUCGCCUUCUCCGGUGAGGCCAAGAACAAGAAGUACGCCAACGAGGUCAUCGCUGAGUGCGCCCAGGCCUGGGACCGCCUCAUCCACGGCAAGGUCGACGCUGGAGGUAUCGCUUUGACCAACCUCAACGUCGCUGGCUCUCCUUCCCAGGUCCAGGAGGCUGAGAACAUCCCUGCUCACGAGGUUGUUGAGUCCGCCAAGGUCGACUCCUCCAUCGACAAGUGGUUCUACAUCUCCGGCUCUGCCGUGUAAAGUAACGCAUUGGUCAUGGACUUCAUAAAUUGGGGCUGUACGACUAGGUGUUGAUUAAGAAUAAUGACCCUUGUCUCAUUCAAAUUACUGAAAAACCAAAACAUAAUAACCAAUGUUCUGC